AUGUCUCAAUCCGGUUAUCAGGAUGCGCCUCCUCCUUAUACCGAACAAGUACAAGCUGCAGCACCAAACACAAAUAACGUUCCACAAUACCAAACACCUUCCUACCAUUGCGAGUCGGCCAAGGACAGCUCAAGAAUAUUUCAAAUCACACAUUCAGGUAUUUUUCGAGACAAGCCAUCAAUUGUCCUACAUGAUGGUCCAACGGACAAAGAUGCCAUCCUUGCAACACUAAAAGCGGAUAAAUGGGGUCGAACCAGACCAGCUACUGUUAAUCUUCUCGUUUGCCCGAGUAGCUCUUACACUGAACCCAUCGAGGAGCUUCUGAUCCCAGCAUCAACAUCUCAUCACAAAACAUCAACCUGGUCUUUUGAGAUGCCUGUAGCUCGAAAGGGCGACAUCCGCGAGCGUUUCGAGUGGCGCAGCAGUCAUGGAAAUGAAAUUAAAGAACUUGCGACGGGCCACUCGUAUGGCUGGAAAUUAGUUCGGAUUGCAGGUCCAAAUGCUAGUGUGGGGGGAAGUAGGAAAGACCGGGGGUUGGGGUUUACAAGUGAUGGAUUGGAGAUCGUUGCUAUUGUGGCUCAUAAUGCGUCUUGGAGUAUGACGAAGGGUUUACGGUUUGCUUUUAUGGGUGCUGGACUUACUGGGACCCUUGGAGAGGCCUGGGAGAUCAUGACCCUGAUUUCGGCCAUGCAACUUUAUAUCUGGGAUGUUAUUGCUACCAAUUCUGCGGCCGCGGCCGCGGCCGCAUAG